AUGCCAAUUCACUCAACACUUCUGACCGGUCUGGUCUGCCUUAUAGGAGUUGCAAGCGCUGCUCCUGUGUGUGAUGCAUCCACGUUUAAAUCUCUCACUUUAUUCAACAUCGAAGUCACAUCCACGGCGGCCACGGUUGCGCACAUCGUGGCAGGGCCCGAUGGCCAGUUCACUGAACUUGCAGGUAAUGCUACGCCCGAGGAGACGGCUGCUGCCACACAGUUCUGCCAAGUCACAAUCCAGUACACCCAUCCGGGUCAGAACGACGUCAUCAACACAUUUAUUGGCUUGCCUCUGAAUGCCAGCGCGUGGAACGGCCGUUUUCAAAUGCCAGGCGGCGGUGGCUGGACGGCCGGCAAUCUGCUUUUGAUAUACGGUCCAGUAGCAGCUGGAUAUGCCUCAACUUCAACGGACGCCGGCCACACCGAGAAUGAAACAGCAGCUGAUUGGGGCUUGGUCAGUCCCGGCAACACGAACUGGCCAGCGCUCUGGGACUUUGCAGCGGUUGCGCUAGACGAAGCUGCGACACUCGGGAAACUAGCCACGCAACUUUACUUUGGCUCGCCUCCCAAGUAUUCCUAUUUCAAUGGCUGCUCCACGGGCGGCAGGCAAGGGCAUAUCAUGGCUCAGCGGUAUCCUGAUCAAUUUGACGGAAUCCUGUCUGGUGCCCCUGCUAUCGCCUGGCAGACUUUUAUAAUAGGGAUGUUCUGGCCAGUUCUGGUGGCCAAUAUUUUGGAGACUGUACCGCCGUUGUGCGUACUUGAUGCGUUCACCAACGCUUCCAUCAGCGGAUGCGAUGAGCUGGACGGUGUUAAGGAUAAUGUCAUUGCCACGCCAGACAAAUGCCAGUUCAAUGCUUCAUCCAUAGUUGGCCAGACUGUUCAGUGCACGAAACCCGAAGGAAUAAUAACCCUCACGGAAAAGCAUGCUCAGCUCGUCAAUGCUAUCUGGGACGGCCCCAGGUCUGUUGAAGGUGCCUUUGAGUGGUAUGGGUUAACCAAGGGAACCUCUUUAAGAGCGCUUCUCAAUACGACUUGCGAGAGCGUUGAUCACUGUGUGCCCAUCCCAUUCCCCGUCAGCACCGACUGGAUCGCGGUAUUCUUGGCCAGGAACGCUUCCUUGGACUACAACAGCCUGACGCGGGAGGACUUCGAUCGACUUUUCCGCUUAUCCGUAGAUCAGUAUGCCUCAGUCAUUGGCACUGACAAUCCGGACCUGACCAGUUUCAGAAGGUCUGGAGGAAAGAUGAUCGUGUGGCACGGUCUGGCAGAUCUCGUCGUAACCCCCUUGGGCACGUAUGACUACUAUAAGAGAGCGAAGCAGUUCGACGACAGCCUGGAUUCUUACUACAAGUUUUUCGCGGCCCCGGGCGUUGAGCAUUGCGGCGGUGGGCCAGGGUUGGAUCCCUCCAGCACCAUCUUCGACUCGGUGGUCGCAUGGGUUGAGAAUGAGAUCACGCCCGAGACGGUGCCUGGAAGAGGCCCUGCAGUAGGUGCGAGUGGCACGCGGGAGAUCAAUCUGUGUCCCUAUCCCAAAGUAUUGACAUACAUCGGCCCGGAUCCGAACCAGGCUUCGUCAUUUGUGUGCCAGUAA